UGGCUCCCGAAGUUUAGCGAUAAGGAUCCUUAUCGGGCUGCCGCUAGGUAUGGUUCCUGCGUGAGGUCCCUUGGUUCCCAAGGUUGUUUUGGCGAUGGGGUCUUUGGUCAGGUCCAGACCGCCGCACAAAAUUUCCGUGACGCUGAGGCACAUGUCCCCUUUCUCACUUUCUCGUUGACUACGCAUCUUUGCUUCUGGCCAACACUAUUUCUUUCAAUUUUCUUCUCUUUUGACGCGAUUUCUACCGGAUUCAGGUGAUCAUAGUAUACAAUUGCAUGUAGAUUCUUAAUCCGCAACCAUGAUACUCGAACCGAAGGACUUUCCGCAGAUGUGGCAAAAGCCGUCGAGUGAUGACUUACUCAGCACACUGAAGCAACUGGAACUUAGCCCUCCGGUAUGGAGUCACAAGCGCAGGCGAUCCGAUAUCGUUCAUGAGCAGGAGGCCACGGUGUAUUUUCGGCGCGAAGUAACGAUGUACCUAUCGUCCAUCAUCAAGAGCGGCCUCUCCUGGAUCGAGGACGAUGACAAAAAGGAGGAAGUCUGGUCAGAAGCUAGCCGCAGGAUGACGGAGCGAUGUGGAAGAACAGCCAUGGGCGAGAUUACCCGGCGAUGGCCCUUUAGAGAAGAGGAUCUCACACCGACCUUUGAGCUCAUCAUCCGGGAGCCACCCCUGACCGGCGACUCACUUGGUCUAAAGACCUGGGGGUCUUCCUACGUUCUUGCCAAGCACUUGCCAUCUAUUGGUUCCACGGCUCUCUUCCGGCUCUUUGAUGGAUCUCUGGGCGAGCCGAGGCCAUCUGUCUUGGAGUUAGGUUCUGGCACAGGCCUACUUGGACUUGCGGCAGCAGCUUUGUGGAAGGCUCAUGUGAUUCUCAGCGACUUGCCAGACAUCAUGUCGAACCUUUGCCAUAACGUCGAGGCCAACCGUGGCACGGUGGAGCAGCUGGGAGGCUCAUUGAACGCUGGUGCACUUACUUGGGGUGGCUCGGGGGAUGAUGAAGUUGACCAGGACCUCUUUGGUAAAAGAAAUCAGUUCAAGGUUGUCCUUGCUGCAGAUCCCCUCUACGACGACUGUCACCCAGGGCUUCUGGCAGGUGCUUUCUCUGAGCAGCUAUCAACAGAAGACGAUGCCAGAGCAGUUGUGAUGGUCCCUCUACGAGACGAAACCACCAAGAAACUUCUCAAGGCUUUCCGAGAUGCUAUGGAAAGCCAGGAAAACCCUCUACUAUGCAUCGAGGAAGGAACACUCGAUGGCCAGGAUGACUGGGGCGAGGAUAAGGAAGGCACCGACGUGACUUGUUGGUGGGGAAUCUUUGCACGCACGCAGCAAGCAUGAAUACUGAAGGAGCAAUCGGUGAAAUGAUCGAGUUUGGAGACGACUUAGGACACAUGUUAGACGAAAGAUGAUGAUAUAGGCGCACCCCCGCCAAUUUAGACUUAGAUCUAGACAAAACAGAAUUCAAUGAUAGGUGACUCGGAUGCCUUGAC